UGCGGGAUGCCUGCGCUGCAGCCGGAGCAGAGCAGAGCGUACCCAGAUCGCGCGCACGCGAGCCCCGGACGCUUCGGAACCGAGUAAGCUUGCCUGCCCCUCCAAGUCCCAUCCCUGCCAUGGCUCCUGGAGAGAAGAUCAAAGCCAAAAUUAAGAAGAAUCUGCCCGUGACGGGGCCUCAGGCACCCACCAUUAAAGAGCUGAUGCAGUGGUACUGCCUGACCACCAACACGCACGGCUGCCGCCGCAUCGUGGUGUCCCGUGGCCGCCUGCGGCGCCUGCUCUGGAUUCUGUUCACGCUCACAGCUGUAGCACUGAUUUUCUGGCAGUGUGCCCUCCUCAUCAUCUCCUUCUACACCGUCUCUGUCUCCAUCAAAGUCCACUUCCAGAAGCUGGAUUUCCCUGCUGUCACCAUUUGCAACAUUAACCCUUACAAGUACAGUGCCGUGCGGGACCUUCUAGCCGACUUGGAACAGGAAACCAGAGGCGCCUUGAAGACCCUGUACGGCUUUUCAGAGAUUAACUCUCGGAAUCGCCGAGAGGCAGAGUCCUGGAGUUCAGUCUGGGAGGGCACGCGGCCCAAAUUCCUCAACGUGGUCCCGCUGCUGGCCUUCAAUGAGGGUGAGACGGGCAAGGCCAGGGACUUCCUCACCGGGCGGAAGCGGAAAGUCAGCGGAAGCAUCAUUCGCCAAGAUUCAGACGUCGUGACUGUCCACGAGUCCAAGGAGAUGGUGGGAUUCCAACUGUGUUCAAAUGACACGUCCAAAUGUGCUGUCUACACCUUCAGCUCGGGGGUCAAUGCCAUCCAGGAGUGGUACAAGCUGCACUACAUGAACAUCAUGGCACAAGUGUCUCUAGAGAAGAAAAUCAACAUGAGCUACACUGCCGAGGAGCUGCUGGUUACUUGCUUCUUUGACGGGGUGUCCUGCAAUGCCAGGAACUUCACACUUUUCCACCAUCCAAUGUAUGGGAAUUGCUACACGUUCAACAAUAGACAAAAUGAGACCAUCCUCAGCACCUCCAUGGGGGGCAGUGAAUAUGGACUGCAGGUCAUCUUGCACAUAAACGAAGAGGAGUAUAACCCCUUCCUGGUGUCCUCCAGUGGGGCCAAGGUGAUUGUCCACCGGCAGGAUGAAUACCCCUUCAUCGAGGACGUGGGAACAGAGAUUGAGACGGCGAUGGCCACCUCCAUAGGGAUGCACCUGACGGAGUCCUUCAAGCUGAGUGAACCCUACAGCCAGUGCACGGAGGACGGGAGUGACGUGCCAAUCAAGAACAUCUACAAAGCUGCCUACUCCCUCAAGAUCUGCCUUCACUCGUGCUUCCAGACAAAAAUGGUGGAGAAGUGUGGGUGUGCCCAGUACAGCCAGCCUCUACCUCCAGCAGCCAACUACUGCAACUACCAGCAGCACCCCAACUGGAUGUACUGUUACUACCAACUGCACCAGGCCUUUGUCCGUGAGGAGCUGGGCUGCCAGUCGGUGUGCCGGGAAGCAUGCAGCUUUAAGGAGUGGACCCUGACCACCAGCCUGGCGCAGUGGCCGUCUGAGGUUUCUGAGAAAUGGUUGCUGUCCGUUCUCACGUGGGACCAAGGCCUGCAAAUCAAGGAAAAACUCAACAAGACAGACUUGGCCAAACUCUUGAUAUUCUACAAAGACCUGAACCAGAGAUCCAUCAUGGAGAACCCUGCCAAUAGUAUCGAGAUGCUUCUGUCCAACUUUGGUGGCCAGCUGGGCCUGUGGAUGAGCUGCUCCAUCGUCUGUAUCAUCGAGAUCAUUGAGGUUUUCUUCAUCGACUCCCUCUCAAUCAUUGCCCGCCAGCAGUGGCAGAAAGCCAAGGAGUGGUGGGCCCGGAGGCAGGCACCCCCCUGCCCUGAAGCUCCUCCGAGUCCUCAGGGCCAGGACAACCCAGUCCUCAAUAUAGACGAUGACCUGCCCACUUUCACCUCUGCUUUGCGCCUCCCUCCAGCCCCAGGGGCCCGGGUACCUGGCACACCGCCCCCUAAAUACAAUACCUUGCGCUUAGAGAGGGCCUUCUCCAACCAGCUCACAGACACCCAGGUGCCAGCUGAGUCCUGAGGCAGUGUGGGAAAGAAAGAUCUAGCCAGGACCACCAGUCAUGGUCUGAAACCUCCUGGACACAGGGGGGACCCUCUGCACCCUCUCUGGGUGUUUCAAAGACAUUGACUAGCAGUCUGCCUUGAACAACAAGAUGGGCCUAGGCAUGUGCAGGGGACCGGUUGGACCGUCUAAGAUGAGAUAGAUCCUGCGGCCCAAACCCUUCGCACAUCUGCUGCAGAGAGAGACGGGGGCCCAGGAAAUGGUCAGCCUGGACACAGGCCAGAGGGAAGCCUGACACAGCUCUUUGCCAGAUCUGGAGAGAGAAGCACUCCUCCACAGCCCCGAGCCGGGGGUUUCACUCGCUCCCCCAGCCCGGGCUUGGGGCCCAAGGAUGUGACCUUAGGUAUCGAGAAUGGAUAACCAUUGCUGGUGCCAAAGAUAGGAGGAAGCGCCAGCCUGGAGCUGUUUGUGGAUAAAGGGCAAGGUCUCCUCUGUGUCCUCAGGCAGGGAGCUGGCCCAAGGUCCUUGGAGUGUGUAGAGGGGAGGGCUGCGGUGUGGGGAGGUCUAGGGCGUGACAG